CAGGGGGUGGGGAGUUAACUGGGCGGUUUCCAUGGCGCCCAGGGCGUGGGGCAGGAAUGCACCCGCAAUUGGUGGCGAAACAACUGUACUGUCCCCGCGGGGCAAGGCUGGACAAGUCGAGAGAGGCGAUUGGGGAAGGCGUCGCAGGGGGUGGGGGGUAAGUGGGACGUGAGGGGCGGGGCGGUCACGUGCGCCCGAGGGGCGAGGCCCCGAGCCGGCCCGGAGCUGGGCAGGGUUGCGCCGCAAUCUGGGCCGGAGCGCGCCGAGGCAUCUGAGGCGGCCGAGUACGGCAGCUGUCCGCACAGCGCUCAGGGCUGAGCGCAAGAAGUCUCGCGUCCCCUUUUCUUCUGGGAACGCUCGCGGACCAGUGUGCCUCGUCGUCGGCGCCCCGAUCGGAGACCAGCAAAAGGUUACUCACUAUCACUCUAAGACUGCCGAAGAAAGCGCUGCCCGUCCGGGGCACGAGGGUAAGCCACAACCAUGGUGAACGAGGACCCCAGUCAGGAGGAACAGGGUGACACUACGGCGCAGGAAUCCAUGGAGCCCGGCAUUUCCGCGGAGCCUAGCGCCUCUGUGGAGCCCAGCGUCUCCUUGGAGCCCAGGGUGUCCGUACACCCCAGUGUCUCAGUGGAGCCUACUGUGUCCAUCCACCCCAGCGUCUCUGUGCACCCCAGCGUCUCUGUGCACCCCAGCGUGUCUGUCCACCCCAGCGUCUCCAUCCACCCCAGCGUGUCCGUGCACCCCAGCGUCUCUGCCCAUCCCAGUACCUUGGCUCCGCCGGGCAGCCUGGCCAACCUGAGCAGUUCGAGUCCCGAGGACCUGAGCGUGAUCAAGGUGAGCCGGCGCCGCUGGGCGGUGGUAUUGGUGUUCAGCUGCUACUCCAUGUGCAACGCCUUCCAGUGGAUCCAGUACAGCUCCAUCAGUAACAUCUUCAUGCACUUCUACGGCGUCAGCGCCUUUGCUAUUGACUGGCUGUCCAUGUGCUACAUGCUCACCUACAUCCCGCUGCUGCUGCCCGUGGCCUGGCUGCUGGAGAAGUUCGGCCUGCGCACCAUCGCGCUCUUGGGCUCGGCCCUCAACUGCCUGGGCGCCUGGGUGAAGCUGGGCAGCCUGCAGCCGCACCUCUUCCCGGUCACCAUGCUGGGCCAGGUAAUCUGCUCAGUGGCGCAAGUCUUCAUCCUGGGCAUGCCGUCACGCAUCGCUUCCGUCUGGUUCGGGGCCAACGAGGUUUCCACAGCCUGCUCUGUGGCUGUCUUUGGCAAUCAGCUUGGAAUUGCAAUCGGGUUCUUGGUCCCUCCUGUGCUUGUACCCAACAUCGAAGACCAGGACAAGCUUGCCUACCACAUCAGCAUCAUGUUCUAUAUCAUCGGAGGCGUGGCCACACUCUUGUUCAUCCUUGUCAUCAUAGUAUUCAAGGAGAAGCCUAAACAUCCCCCAAGCAGGGCCCAGUCCCUGAGCUACGCCUUGGCAUCCCAAGAUGCUUCGUACUUGAGUUCCAUCGUCCGGCUCUUCAAAAACUUGAACUUUGUGCUGCUGGUCAUCACCUACGGUCUGAAUGCUGGUGCUUUCUAUGCCUUGUCCACACUGUUGAAUCGUAUGGUGAUCUUGCACUACCCGGGGGAAGAGGUGAAUGCUGGAAGGAUCGGCCUGACCAUCGUCAUCGCAGGAAUGCUCGGGGCUAUGAUCUCAGGCAUAUGGCUGGAUCGGUCCAAAACCUACAAGGAGACAACCCUGGUGGUGUAUGUUAUGACACUGGUGGGCAUGGUGGUGUAUACGCUGACCUUGAACCUGGAACGCCUGUGGGUCGUGUUCAUCACUGCUGGCACCCUUGGCUUCUUCAUGACGGGCUAUCUGCCUUUGGGAUUUGAGUUUGCCGUGGAGCUCACGUACCCAGAGUCGGAAGGCAUGUCGUCUGGCCUCCUCAACGUGUCAGCUCAGGUGUUUGGGAUCAUCUUCACCAUCUCCCAGGGCCAGAUUAUUGACAACUUUGGAACCAUGCCUGGAAACAUCUUCCUUUGUGUAUUUCUUACCCUUGGUGCUGUCAUCACUGCAUUCAUAAGAGCGGAUCUCCGGAGGCAGAAGGCCAACAAGGAAACCCCUGAGACAAAGCUGCCAGAGGAGGAGGAGAACAUGAGCAAGCUGCCCACUGCUGCAUCCGAGGAUCGUUUCUGAGCAACUCAGGGAGCCAGGGAACAGCCACCUCUUCUUUCAGUCUCCCUGACAGCACAGAGAAGCUUUGGGCGGGAACCACUGGAAUAUUUGUGGAUUGCGUGACCGUGCCCAUGCCUCCUGGACCCAGCUCAAAGGCCCAAAUGGUUUACCUGGGGAAGACAGCACCUUCCACGAGCUGCAGAUUCUACUCACACCCCGCCCCUUUUUAGGUUGUGGGAGCAGGUGCUUGGGGAGGCAGGGAAGCUAUUGGAGCAGAUCCUAGCUCCGUUCCUGGCCUUUCCUUUUUAGCUCCACCUCUCAAGGGGAAUGCUUGCAAAAUUAUCAUGGGAAGAAAGCUUCUUCAGGAUAUUCACUUUUCCUACUCUCUGGAGAUGCUCACAGGGAGCCUGACUGUAAGGAGAGGCGGGCAAGCUGCUGUGCCCACGGCCUUUUCUGCAUCCUUGGCCUGCCUAAUGCCGUGAUGUUUCCAAUUCCUCCUUCUUCAGAGCUGAUCAAACCAAAUGUCAAUACAUUACACAAAAGUGUUGUGUGAGACCACCGAGGAGAAACCCAUGUGGGAGGACUAACGUCUGAGUGUGUUUAACGACUCUGGUGGCUUGCCUUGGGGUGAGAAAGCCUU